CUUGAGUACAGUACCUCUGCUGCCAGUGGGAAUAUCAAACUAGAGACAACAAUUUACAGAAUAACUGUUGAAGACAGCCUCAGAUAUCUCUGCUAGAUGAUGGAAGGUAACCAGUCCAAGAUCGCUGCUGCCAGCCCCAGUGGGGUGAGCUCUGAGCCAGCCGGGCAGGAGCUUCCUAUGCAGACCCUCGGUUACUAUUCCCAGCCUCCGUCUCCUAACCCCCCCUCCUCUCCGCUCCAGAAGAGCAGGAACAGCAUUCGACUACUCUCAGGGAUCCUGGCUGUGAACAUCCUCCUCCUAGGCAGUGCGCUGGUCUGCGGGGCAGCCUUCAGCAAGGUGAAGGUCCUCUCCGAUGAGGAAAUGCACAUCUACCUGACCAUCCUCCUCAUCCUCACCACAGCCUGGAUGAUCUUCUAUAUGGUGCACACCACCAGCCGGCCACAGGCUGUGCUCUACAAGGACAGCCAUGCUGGGCCCAUCUGGCUGAGAGGCGGUCUGGUGCUCUUUGGAGUGGCCAGUUUGAUUAUGGACGUCUUCAAAAUUGGCCACUCCACCGGACAGCUCAAUUGUGAAUCUCCGGUGAAAGUUACCUUCCCUCUGGUGCAGCUGGUCUUUGUGGUAGUUCAGACGUAUUUUCUGUGGGUGCACUCCAAGGACUGCGUUCAAAAACAGAGCAACAUCACAGGAUGUGGGCUUAUGCUCACCCUGGCCACCAACCUCAUGCUGUGGAUGUCAGCAGUCACUGACGAGUCUCUCCAUCAGACUGGGGAAGAAGCCUCCAAGCACAAUGAGAGUUUCAGCCAUCUCCGAGACGGAUCCAUGUUCUUUAAAGCUGGUGGAUCGGGAUGCAAGUGCACCCACAGUGCCUGUGAGAUUUUUAAAAAUGGCUUUUACUACCUGUACCCCUUUAACAUCGAGUACAGCCUCUUCGCCUCAGCCAUGACCUACGUCAUGUGGAAGAACAUCGGCAGGCAGAUUGACGACUGUAGCCAUCACAAAAUCAGCUUCCGUGCCAAGGGAAUUGUGUUUGGAGCGACUGUGGGGUUACUGGUGGUGAUAGCUGGACUAGGAGUCUUCAUUGUCUAUGAGGUGGAAGUCACAAGGGAUACAUCAAAGGAGCGGGUCUUGAUCAUGUAUUACAUCUUCAGCAUCAUUGGCCUCAUCUUAAUGUCCCUGGCCUCCUUAGCUGGCUCAAUCAUCUACAGGUUUGACAAGAGAACAGUGGUAUCCACGAAGAACCCAACACGAAGCCUGGAUGUUGCCCUGCUUUUGGGGGCCGCAUUGGGGCAAUUCCUCAUCUCCUACUUCUCUAUCGUAGCCAUAGUGGCCGAAAAAACCACCCGGACCAUCAACAUACUCAACCUGACCUGCUCCCUCCUCAUUAUCCUCCAGCUCUGUCUCCAGAACAUUUUCAUUAUUGAAGGGCUCCACAAACAACCUUACCAUGCAGAGCCUCCUGUGGUGAGCAUGGUCUUCAUCAACGAAGGCACCUCCCGCAGCAACUUGCCUUCCCACAAGAAUGAUCAUGAUGAGCCCUCACCAGCUGAGAACAGCCUGGAGCUCUCAAUCAACAGCAGCACCACCCACUCAUCAUCCAGCCGCAUGUCCUGGAAGAGGCAGGCCAUUAAGGAGAUGUCUGUGUUUCUGCUCCUCUGCAAUGUGAUAUUCUGGAUAAUACCAGCGUUCGGUGCCCGCCCGCAGUUUGACAAUGGUUUGGAAGAGUUGUUCUAUGGAUUCUCCAUAUGGGUUGCCAUUGUCAACAUCGGGCUUCCUUUUGGGAUUUUCUACCGGAUGCACUCGGUUGCCAGUCUCUUCGAGGUCUACUUGACAUCCUAAUGCCCUCUUUCCCGGAGCCUUUCAAGUGAAGUUUGCAGAAAACUUGACUGGGGCUUAUAUUGUCCAGCUGAGGAACUCUUAAAAUUGGGGAUGUUCCUUUCUGUAUAGUGCAUACAAAUACAACAUUUAAAUUUUAAAAUCUAAUUAUAAACAAAAAAAAAAAAUCAUUUUAUGUUUCAGUACUGCAAUUUGAAGAUCGAUAGUUCAUAUCCAUUACUGGACCAUUGCCUUUAUUUAGUCACAUGUCUGACACAUUAUGAUGGGUUUCUUUAUGGCCCCAACUCCUAUAUUCUUUACCUUUCUUUAUACAAAAACAAGUCACAUAUCUAAAUCAGAUGAAACACUAAGCCACUUUGUGGCUUGGAACUUGGUUUCAGGAAACUAGGUUUCAGGUCAGUGCAUGGCAGAUCAGGGCAGACUUUGGGUUUGAUACAGCAACGUUGGCUCAAACUAGGUCUCUUGGUCUCCUGGAAACAGGUUUCAAGCCACUGUUCCUGAAAAAUGGCUUUGUGUCCUCAUCUCAGUGCUAAUAUUUAACAAGAGUGUACAUGUUUGGCUUCUAGAAUAAACUAAAUGGCCAACAGGUAUAAAGCGGAAUAUGUUCCCAUACAAGCAAUAGCACUCCAUGCAUAAAUUUCAUAUACACCUACUCAUUUUUAACA